AUGGAGAGUACCGAAAUUCAUCAAACCGUGGUUACCGAGGAGCCCAUGACCGAAGCUUACCCCGAGGACCUGGUCGACGGCGAGCUGGAGGCCACUCCUAAGACUGAGGAAGAGUAUGCGCAAUCCAUGCUGACUCUGCGUGCUAUUGUCUCCUCCAAGGAAGCCGGUGUCAUUAUCGGAAAGGCAGGCAAGAAUGUGGCCGACUUGCGCGAUGAGACCGGCGUGAAGGCCGGGGUAAGCAAGGUCGUACCCGGUGUCCACGACCGCGUGCUCACUGUCACUGGUGCUCUCCAAGGCGUCGCCCAGGCUUAUGCCAUCGUGGCAAAGGGUCUUCUGGAGGGUGCUCCUCAAAUGGGCAUGGGUGGUGUCGUCUCAAACAACGGAACACACCCUGUCCGACUUCUAAUUUCCCACAACCAGAUGGGUACUAUCAUUGGACGCCAGGGCCUGAAGAUCAAGCACAUCCAGGAUGCUUCUGGCGUACGAAUGGUUGCUCAAAAGGAAAUGCUUCCCCAAUCAACCGAGCGCAUCGUGGAGGUGCAGGGCACCCCCGAUGGCAUCGAAAAGGCCGUUUGGGAAAUUGGCAAGUGCCUCAUCGACGACUGGCAACGUGGCACCGGCACUGUUCUUUACAACCCUGCAGUUCGCGCGUCUCUCGGUUCCCAGCCCCUCAGCGGCAGCAACAACAGCAGCGGUGCUUCUGGAGGCGGCAAUGGCGGUUACAACAGCCGUCAGCAGUACCACCGCACUGGAAAUGGCGCUGACUUCAGCGAUGGCGGUGGCUACACCAGCCGCCGAUCCAAUUCGGACGCGGGCACUCGUGGAUAUCCGAUGGUGACCGAUGAUGGUGAGGAGAUUCAGACCCAGAACAUCAGCAUCCCUGCAGACAUGGUCGGGUGCAUCAUUGGCCGUGGCGGCACCAAGAUUACCGAUAUUCGUCGAAGCUCUGGAGCCCGCAUCUCGAUUGCCAAGGCGCCCCAUGACGAUACUGGUGAGCGCAUGUUUACCAUCAUGGGCAGUGCCCAGGCCAAUGAAAAGGCGCUUUACCUGCUUUACGAGAAUCUCGAGGUUGAGAAGACUCGCCGCAGCCAGCAGCCCCAGGAGUAA